UGAGAGUGGAGGAAGACACGGAGACGCAUAAAGCGUUCAGGUUAAACGUUCCUUCAUGACUUCGAUUCUGUCUCAUCACUCCCGUUUGCUGUGGAGAAACCUCUCCUUCGCCAGAAAAAUCGGAACUUUAUGCAAUAGGAGGAACUACUCUUUCAUCACUCCUUCUCUUUCACGCACCACCACCAAGUGUUUUUGCAGUUCCACUUGUAAUUUGGACGCAACUGUUUCUCAGUUCUCUGAAAGUCAACAUUUUGCACCAAUAAAGUCAGAAGAAAAAGUAACAAUUAGCGCUGCUUCUUCUAAUGGCAGAGUGAUGCUUAUCGAUGGAACUUCCAUUAUUUACAGGGCUUACUAUAAGCUUCUAGCAAGGUUGAAUCAUGGUCAUCUGACUCACGCUGAUGGAAACGCUGACUGGGUUCUGACUAUUUUCUCAGCUCUUUCUCUUAUCAUUGAUGUUUUGAAAUUUCUCCCAUCCCAUGUGGCGGUGGUGUUCGACCAUGAUGGCAUGAACUUCCGUCAUACUCUCUACCCUGCCUAUAAAAGCAAUCGUCCUCCCACACCUGAUACCAUAGUACAAGGACUUCAAUAUCUCAAAGCGUCCAUCAAGGCAAUGUCUGUAAAAGUUAUAGAGGUGCCAGGUGUAGAAGCUGAUGAUGUGAUUGGAACACUGGCUAUGCGAAGCAUUGGUGCCGGCUUUAAAGUUAGAGUUGUCUCUCCGGACAAAGACUUCUUUCAGAUUCUUUCUCCCUCACUGCGUCUUCUUCGAAUAGCACCGCGCGGAUCGGAGAUGGUUUCUUUUGGAGUAGAAGACUUUGCUAAAAAGUUCGGAAAUUUGAAGCCAGCCCAGUUUGUUGAUAUCAUAGCCCUUGCUGGAGACAAGUCUGAUAACAUUCCAGGAAUUGAUGGAAUUGGGAACGUGCAUGCAGUGGAGCUGUUAUCUAGAUUUGGGACAUUGGAGAAUCUGUUGGAGUCUAUUGAUGAAAUAAAGGAAGGAAAACUAAAAGAGAGCCUAAUAGCUCACGCAGAUCAAGCCAUGCUAAGCAAGAAGUUGGCACUGUUACGGACCGAUCUCCCGGAUUACAUAGUACCGUUUGAAACAAGAGAUCUUAUUUUUAAGAAACCAGAGGACAAUGGGGAGAAAUGGAGGAGCUUGUUGGUCGCCAUAGGGGCAUACGCAGAAGGGUUCUCAGCUGAUCCAGUCAUGAGAAAAACUUUACAGUUAUGGGAGAGCCUUGAUGCAAAAAAGUCAUGAUUCAUGAUAACAUAUUAGCAUCUUUUGUUGGGUGGUACAUAUAAUAUAAAAAAGGUCAAUGGUAGAGGGUUCUCUUCGUGAAGGGUAGACACUUUUGAACAAUCAUUUUCGUAAAGCAUCAUGAUGCUUUUAUUGAAAACCAGCGAGAGAUUGGUUGAAGUAGAUGAUGCUUGUUCGGUAGCAAAAGCGACUUGUUUGAGUAAUUUAACAAUUGUGCCCAACUUCAACUACCACUCACCUCAUAAAAAUAUUAUCAAUUUAAU